CUUCCGGACGUGGUGGGAAGUGGCGGUAGUCAUGGUAACGGUGUGUACACCCCCCGGCCCCAGCCGCGACCCGGAGCCUGCGGCGCGGCGGGAGCUGGCAGCGGCGGGAGCCGGCGGCGGCGGGAAGAGCGGCCGGUCCCAGUGUCCCCAAAAGCUAUUAUCUGUAUUAGUUGUUACAAUGAGUGCAAAAGAAAAUAAAGUACAUGCAUUUGUGCGAGUCAAGCCAACAGCUAAUUUUCCUGAAGACAUGAUCAAGUAUGGGCCAGACAACAAGAGCAUAGAUAUUUACAUCAGGAGAGAUAUUAAGAAAGGAGUCGUCAAUAACAAGCAGACUGAUUGGUCCUUUAAAUUGGAUGGUGUUCUUCACAAUGCCUCACAGGAUUCGGUUUAUGAUGCAGUAGCUAGGGACUUGGUAUCCCAAGCUCUGAAUGGCUAUAAUGGCACUAUUAUGUGCUAUGGGCAAACAGGAGCUGGUAAAACAUACACCAUGACAGGAGCAACUGAAAGCUACAAGCAUAGAGGAAUCAUACCCCGAGCUAUACAGCAGGUGUACAGGGCAGUUGAAGAACGCAUCGAUCAGUCCAUCACUGUCCGAAUGUCCUACCUGGAAAUCUACAACGAGACUCUCUUUGACCUUCUCUCCACUGUGCCUCAUGACAUGUCCGGUGACACUCACAUGGCUGUAGUGGAGUACCCCCAGGGUGUCUUUGUGAAGGGCUUAUCUAUGCAUCCAGCCAGCCACGAGGAAGAUGCUUUAAAUCUCCUGUUUGAGGGUGAGACCAACAGAAUAAUAGGUGAACAUACUCUGAAUAAAAAUUCAUCCAGGUCCCAUUGCAUAUUCACUAUCUAUAUUGAGUCUCAUUCCAGAAUUUUGUCAGAUGCCAAAUACACUGCUUCAAAAAUGAACCUAGUGGAUCUGGCAGGUUCAGAGAGAGUGGGGAAGACUGGGUCCGAGGGGCAGGUUCUGAAAGAAGCCACGUAUAUCAACAAAUCUUUGUCAUUCCUUGAGCAAGCUAUCAUUGCACUGGCUGAUCGUAAGAGGGACCACGUCCCCUUCCGGCAGAGCAAACUCACCCAUGCCCUUAAGGAUUCAUUAGGAGGAAACUGCAAUACAGUCCUGGUGGCAAAUAUCUAUGGUGAAGCUGCUCAGAUAGAGGAGACUCUGUCCUCUCUCCGUUUUGCUACCAGAAUGAAAUGGGUCACAACAGAGCCAGCCAUCAAUGAGAAAUAUGACCCAGAGCGGAUGGUCAAGAAUCUGGAGAAGGAGAUCGCUCUUCUGAAGCAGGAACUAGCCAUGCACGACAGCUUGGUCAACCGCUCUCUGGUGAAUUAUGACCCUCUGAAUGAAAUCCAGAUAGCGGAGAUUAACUCUCAAGUCCGCAGGUACCUAGAAGGAGCCACAGACGACAUCGAUAUAAUGAACAUCAGGCAAAUCCAAGAGGUAUUUAACCAGUUCAAAGUAAUUUUAAGCCAACAGGAGCAGGAAGUGGAAGCCAGACUACGAAACAAAUACACCCUGAUAGACAAAAGUGACUUUGUAGCCAUUACUGCUGCUCAGAAGGCAGGCCUGGUCGAUGCAGAGGGUCAUCUAGUGGGGGAAGUGGAUGGACAGGGCUUUGGGAUUGGAGUGGCUCCUUUAUCCAAACACGGCGGGAAGAAAGUUAAAGCCAAGAAAGCCAAAGAGCAGCUUAGCCCCACUAUCCGGAAGGAAGGAUUAGGAAGCCCUGUUUUGGGGAAAGAUCUGGAUUUUGUUUCCCCAUCAAAGAGUCAGCUGGUAACUUCCGCAAGGGAUUUGGAUGUGAAGGAGGGACUAAUACGGGAGCAGGAUGCAGCUAGUAUUGAAACACAUCGCUCGGAGUCAGUGCCCAGGGAGGAUUCCCACCGACCGAGUUCCCCUCCCUCUAAGCUGGUGGCAUUUGAGGAGUUUAAAAACGAGCGAGGAAGUGAGAUCAACCGGAUCUUUAAGGAGAACAAAGCCAUCCUCAGCGACAGGAAGAAGAAAGCAAGCGAGAUCACCCACAGACUCAACCUAAUAAAACAGGAGAUGGACAUCACCAAAGGAGCCCUUGGGGCUCAGAAGAAGGAGAGGGAGGAGCAGGGGGAGUAUGUGAAUGAGGAAGGACAGAUCAUAAUUGAUGAGGAGGAAUUUUUACUGGUCAUGAAACUUAAGGAUCUGAAGAAACAGUACAGGUCUGAUUUCGAUGAACUGCGGGAUCUGAAAGCAGAAGUCCAGUACUGUAAGCAUCUGGUGGAUCAGUGCCGCAACAGACUAAUCUCAGAAUUUGAAAUCUGGUACAAUGAGUCCUUCCUUAUCCCUGAGGAUGUGCAGGAAGCUAUAAAGCCUGGAGGCAACAUCAGACCUGGAAUGAUUCCCAUGAACAGAGUCCUGUCUCUGGAUGAAGAUGAGCAGGAGCGGUUUGACCGGCUGCAGGGGGAAGUCCUGCCAGCCUGUCCAGAUUCCACCUCAUUCUACAAUGCCAAAAUGAAGACUGAUCAGAAGCACAAGUACUUUAGAGCCAUGGCCGCCCUCCAGCAAAUGCACAAGAAACCUGGACUCAUCACAGCUACGGUGAAGAACAAACCCCCAGCGGUGCUCCAUGUCAUAUAGCAGGGUGGCUCCCCCUCUAUGGAAGGUGCUAGGAUUUGGCUUUAGCUCGAAGCUAAGGAGAAGGACCCACACCCUAGAUCUCUAAGAGCCUUGUGUCACCAUCCCAAAGUGAGUGAGAUCUUCCGAGGCAAGGCGUGUCCAGGUGGUAUGUUUAUAGGCUUUCUUGGUGGCCUUGCCACAUGACCUCUGUCCUCCAGAAGCAAAGGCAUGGUUCCUCUACGACUCCCCUUUGCUCCAGGGGCAUACCAACUUGCUGCUAAUCCAAACCAAAAGUAAAUGACUACCCCUGCGAUGCUGGCUCAGCUGUGCUGGCUGGCCUUGCGGGGGAGCCCUUUCCCUCCCAUCACACAUUGGGUGGGGUUGGUUCACCCCCUUAUACCUCUAUGCAAGGUCUGGAUAGCCUGUGCGGGGGCACGAAGGGGCUCUUGCUCUCCAUACCACCCCUGCAUGGGCCCAUGGACCAAGAGACAGUCGAGCCCACAGUCUGUUUCGCACACACUCACGCCCCACCGGCUGAGAGGCGAUUCUAUUUGUCUAGUGUUAUGUGUCACAGUAUUGAUUUACAGCAGCAUCCCCCUCGACGCAGAACCACCCCUUUCCCAGAGACCUUGGCGCGAUCUUUCCUGGAGGUUUUCCGGGCUCUCAGGAGGAAGGCUGACAGCCAGCAGCCUGGAAGUGCCAAAGCAGACAGUGUUAUUCUCCCAGCCGGCUGUAAUCGUCUGCCACAGAGCAGAGUGUCUCGAAGGCCUGCUGGAAAUCCUCCUCCUCGCAGCCGUAUCGCCAGUACCAGUGGAGGUAGGCGUUGGUCUUGUACAUUGCCUCUGCUCUGGCCACCACCUGCUGCAGGAGUUCUGCUGAGCUGCUGUGGUUGGCACAGACAGUCAGCGAGUGACUGUGACAUCCAGGCUCCACGAUGUUGAGAGAGUCUGUGGGACGGAAGGUCAUCUCUUCACCCAGACGUAUUAACCCUUCACCAGCUACGUGUUCCCAAGAGAUCUUCUCCCACCCGAAAGGGUUAAAAGGGACAUAUGGCACCUACCUCAUUCCCGGAGGGGGAAAGCCCUCUGCAUUCUAAACACCUAGCCUAGCUAAACUACAGUUCCGGUCUACCACUGUGCAGGUGAGAACUCUUCAUAACGCUGGUCUUGCUGCAAAGUGCAGAACGGAAUUAUACAAGAGCCUCAUUUCCAAUAAUACGCACAUGUGAAAUCUUACAGGGCCUUAUCCCGCUCCCCUGAAGUAAACAGCCACCACGUGACCGGGUACGAGCCACUCCUCUACCUCCCUCUCAUUAAAGCGGGGAUCAUACUUCCCUCGUUGGAGUGGUGUGAUGCUUCAUUAACGUGUGUAAAGCAGGGGAGCUCCUCACUGGCCCCUAGCACCAUCUCAGAGUCAAGGGCAGUCCGAGAGGAAACUCAGCAUGAACACGCCAGUGGUUUUAGCCUCUACUCACUGCUCUUCAGUCGCUAUUGGACAAGGGCCUCAAGAAGUGUAUUGACCGGGGAAUUGAUUGUGCUGGGCCUGUUUCACAUGCUUGGCUAACGUAACAAGGCAAAGGUGUGUGCAGCUUUCCGUUCUCUCCCUUAACCUGGAGUUACUGCUUUUUGUGU